AUGUUCGCCCUACGAGACGCAAUCUACCUGAUCGAACUGGCAUUCUAUGCCCCUAUUGUUCCUGCUAUUAUUUUCGUUAUCCUUCUGCACGGCAACAAGCACCCCUAUACAUGGCGUCCGAUCGUGAUUCCCCUCAUCAUUCUCUCCGGCUUGCGAAUCGUCGCCGCCGGACUCGGCCUAGCAGCCAUGGACCCGGCAAAAUCCGAUCUCCUAACAACAGCCACCCUCCUAGACACGAUAGGCCUCGCACCAGUCCUAUGUCUCUUGAUAGGCCUUCUAAUCCGAGCCAACGCCCCCGUAUACAAAGGCCUGCCUCUCUGGGUCUUCAUCCCGUUGCAGCUGAUUACCAUAGCGGCCACGGUGAUGACUGCAUACGGCGGCCGAGACCUCUACACAAGCCGUGAGAGUCAAGCGCAAGACCUCCGCUUGAUGCGCGCCGGCAUCAUUCUCUUCAUCGCCCUCUUCGCGGGCAUCAUUGUGCUGUCGGUCAUCACUAUGCUGAAGGUCCGGGUAAAGUUCUACCGCACCGAACGCGCGGCUGUCGUUUGUGCUUUACUCUGUGUGCCCUUUAUGAGUGUCCGGUUGGCUUUCUCGGCUGGAUCGUUGUUCUCGGGGGAGGGAUCCGUGUUGAAUCCAAUGUCCGGGGAUGAGACGGGGACUUGGCUGCAUUUCCUCAUGGUAAUUGUUAUGGAGUAUAUUGUUACGCUUUCUGCCACGGCUGUUGCUCUGACUGCGAGAAAGGUGAUGGUUCUGACUGCGGGAAGGGCUGAUUCUCUUAAAGAUGAGGAGAUCUGA